UCUGCUCCAGGUACUUCAGCUGAAAUUUUGGAGUGGUUCAGAGCCCAUAAAAUGGAGAUUUCUCUUGCAAUUAGAGACCCGUUUCCUUUUCUCUGUGGCCUGCGAGACAAGAAUAUAAUCUCUGAAGAAGAUUUUCAGAAUUUGCAAGAUUGGGUAACUGCAAAUCCAAAUGAUAUUCAAAGAAUGGUGUACGAUGUCCUUGAGAGUAUUCAGGGCAAUCUGUCAGCAAUAGAGGAGAUCUUCUGCAGCAGUAACCUGGCAGCAUAUCAAGACUUACAGCCACUAUAUGAAAGCCUAGAAAAUGGGACACAAGAGCAAAGUCUGGAUUUCGAGGGCACGACACUGCCCGUAACCUGUGGAACAGCACAAGGCAUUUUACAUACAGACAUAUUUGCAACAGGAGUUUCAAGAAAAAGUAUUGAGAGUCCCAAUGGAAAGUGGCUCACGCCAUCACAAUUUGAGAGUGAAGGAGGACGUAAACACUGGAAAUGGUGGAGGAGAAGUAUCCAAUGUGGGACGACUUCAUUAGACACAUUAAUAAAGAGGGGACUGCUACCUGAGCCACCACAAAAUUCCAGCAGGACGACGAUGUCUGAACAUGAUGAUGUAUGUAUUGUGUGUAAGAAAGAAGAUUCACGGAUAUGCUGCAGUUCAUUUCCCAGAUGCUUUCAUGAAGAUUGCCAUAUUCCGAAAAUAUCUGCUGAGAAAAGCAUGUCUGCUCCAGGUACUUCAGAUGAAAUUUUUUGGUGGUUCAGAUCCCAUAAAAUACAGAUUUCUUUGGCAAUCAAAGAUACUUUUCCUUUUCUCUAUCUCCUACGAGACAAGAAAAGAAUCUCCGAAGAAGAUUUUAAGAAAUGGUGUGAUAAGGUAAUUGCAGAACCAAAUGAUAUUUCUAAAGUGGUAUACGAUGUCCUUGAAAGCAUUCAGACUAAUGUGUUAGCAAUAAAGGAGAUCUUCUGCAAGGAGAACCUGGAAGCAUAUCAAAAUUUACAGCCAUUAUACGAAAGCCUAGAAAAUGUUCUCCAGCAUGCUCAGAAUAGUCCUGUCGCAGAACCUGGGAGCAGCAAAGUACUCCAGGGAGAAAUGAAGAAACCUGCGUCCCCUGGGGAGCAACAGAGAAAAGGCAUGCAGAAUAAUGAAAUACAAGAUUUGAGUGUUGAGGUCCGAACACUGAAAGUAUGCUGUGGAAGAAGUAAAGGUGUUUUCUAUAAGAAAAGAUUCAUAGCAGGAGUUUCAAGGAAAUGUAUCAAGGGUUCCGAUGGAAGAUGGUUCACACCGUUAGAAUUUAAGGCUAAAGGAGGAUAUAAAAGUUCAAAAGGCUGGAGAAGGUGUAUCCGCUUUGGCGGGAUUUCCUUAGAAGCAUUAAUCAAGUGGGGAGAAAUACUGAAGCCACAACCGGAAUCCUCAAGAAUGCAGAAGCCAGAUGACCUAUGUGCUGUGUGCUGUGAGGAGAGAGGUCACUGAUACACUGCAAUUCAUGUCCCAGAUCUUUUCAGGAAGAUUGUUGAGAAAAAGUAGUUCACUUCAUGUCACAUUAGCAGACAUCUUUAUAAUGCAAAGUUGGUUGUUGACAGGCGAUGGUAAAAUAGAACUAAAUCAAGCAAUGAUCUCCAUUUUUUCAAAGUGAAUGUUCUAAUAUCUUCUCCCUUUAGGGUUUGGAAAUUUCAGUAGAUGGAAAAGUAGUGGAAGAUAAAUUUGUUAAGAAAUUUUGGGAAGUGUUUUCUAUUCUGUAAGCAAUUUCUUACGUUCCGUCUUCAGACUUGUGAGCCAUCCAUCCCAAAAGGUGCUAACUUCUUUGCUGUUUUUAAAACUUCUUAACUUUACCCUAUGCUUUCAUUUUAAAUUUAAGUGCUUAUGACCCAGAUAGACUGAAAACUUAGCAGUAACCUUGAUACCAAGCCAAAAUGCCCUUAGCAACUGUUUAGUGACAGCAUAAUAGAAAGGAUGUUUAUAUGUGUAUGCAUUUGGAGGGUUUUUUUGUUUGUUUCCACGGGCUAAGAACAAAGAACUGAGCUUGGGGCUGGUAAAUGAGAGGUGUGAAGAAUCAAGCUGGAACUCUGAGGCAAGCAAAUCUGGACUUUGCUGCUUGCACUGGUCUCAUGAAACGAGGAGAGGACAACAUUAGGACAACCCUGGAUUUGGCCAAUGGAUUUUGCUGCUUUUGCAACAUUAUGGCAUUCUGGAUCCUUUUCGAGAGGAUGUUGCUUCCCAUCUUUGUCUAUGUAAAACUUCUGUCUCAGUGCCAUUUGGGAGAAGGCUACCCAGCAAACCUCUAUAGACAGGACCAGGGCUAGACACCUGAGGCAAACCACCAAAUGAUACCCCCCGGCCAGGGAAGAAGGGGUGAGUGAAGAUGUACACCAAGAACAAGUGGGGAAUAAAUAUUGACAUUGGGAUCUUCUACACCUGUGGAUCCUGCCGCCUGAGCAGUCAUCUCACCUGACCUCGUGGAUGGGCUGGCCUUGUCCAUAGUGGCAAAUGUGUCUGCAACACUUUCUCAUGCCUCAGUCUUUUUCUAUUUUUGCUUGUUGCAAGGAUCACUGGCUGGGAUCCUUUGUAUGUAUAAGUAUCGCGCCAUCCUUGGUAUGUGUAUGGAUUAGGGUUAGUCUGCUUAGAUGGGAUGAUUCCUUCACUCCAAUUUUUAUUUACCCUUUUCCAGGGUAAAUCUCCACAACAGAAAGGAUGCCCAGUCUGUAAAUGUUUAAUCAGGAAAUAAAGCUUUUCAACUUUA